AUGACCGGGCGCGGAUUCGGCUUGGAGGAGUUCAGCGAUGAACAGUUUCUUGUCGGCGGAGUUACACUUCUGUUUACAGGACUGAUCGGUUUUUUUGGUAACCUGCUUGUUUUGAUUGUCACAUACAGAAUUCUUCGGCACAAGAGAAACAUUCCUAAUGUACUAAUACUAUUUUUAGCCUGGACAGACCUGUUAGUAUUUCCUUUAGCGUAUCCGCAAUCACUGAUAAAGUAUUUCUUCGGAGUCUACAUCGGUGACUAUAUGAGUUGCGAUUUUCAAGCAACAGCUAUCACAUUUCUCUUCAUGUCUUCCAUUAUUCUGGUUGUUGUAAUGAGCGUCGAUCGCCUUCUGGCAUUAAGUGAACCAUUUUACUAUGACAGGCAUGUGAUUUACGACAAGGAGAAAGUGAAGGUGGCUUCUAUCGGCGUCGGAUGCUCGGUUCUUACUGUAAGUUUACUUCCCGCCUUUGGAGUCAGCAGAAAUGUUCUUCACUUUCCUGGCACAUUCUGUUUAUUUGAAUGGAACUCGACCUCAUUUGAUGGCCGAGCGCUGCUUUACAUUUUUAUGUCUUCGUUAGCUUUUGCUAUGUUUCUGGUCGUUUCGUGUAAUUUAACUACAGUUAUAAUGGCUUUGAGACUCGCGCGUCGAAGACAGGAUAGCAUAAAUAAGCCUCGUUCUGAUGAAGAGGCGGCGAACUCAAGGCCUUUAGACCAUCACUGCAGCUCUGGAAAAAUGGAAAUUCAGUUCGCUAAAUUAAGUGGUGCUGUCGCCAUUACUUUUUUUAGUUGCUGGAGUUUGUUUCUGGUAAGUAAACCCAACUGCCGUGACGUCUGAGUGAGAGAUUCCUUUCCGUGCAUGAAACUCCUAGACGACUCACUUUGAAUUGUAUCAGUUCAACGCUACAAUUUACACUUCGGCUCGACAACCACACGCACUGCGACGGAACAGCGCGAUCGUGGCACGACUAGAAAACAAGUGAUGGACCAUCCAGUGACGCGUCAUCACGACGAUCACACGACAACAGUUCGAUUUAACUGCAGACCGCGACAACUACUUUGAUAACACUGAAAUAUGACCAUGAUACGAAUGAAACGCGAUUACAAAUCGACUACGACUCGAUUUAUUCAUUACGACUGUAUAUAAGACGACUUGACUACGGCUCCACCGCGACACGACGACAUUAUGGUCACAGCUUACCCUCACUACUGGUAGUAUCGGUGAUAUCGUACCCACCGCUGAUAUCGUACCCACGGCCGUUUCGUACCCGAAAAGAAGUCGAUUCGUUCCUAAGUUUGAGUCGGUUCGUACCCAACUUUGGGUAGGUUCGUAACCAAACCAAACCGCCGGUUAAUACCAAACCGCUAAUAACCGGAGUCAUACAUUUAUUCGAAAUACCUCACGCACGGACGCGUGAACAGAUGUCAAUGGUUGCGCACGACAAGUUGGCAGAGUCAAGCAAGUAAAUUACAAAGAAACUUCUGUUCUGUGUACUUGUGACCUUCUUCACAAAUAAAACUUAAUUAUUGCCUAGUUGAGCGUGAUAUUUUUAAUAAAAAAGCAUAUUGUUUUUACCUGUGACUUUUUAACAUAACAGUUCGUGUAAGUGCGAUACAUUUUCUCCAAUUGUUUAUAUGGAAAACAUCCUUUGUUGGUUUGGUUACGAAACGCAACGACCGAGCUGGAUACGAAACGAUUGGGUACGAAUCGACCGGUAACCGUACUCCUUAUGCGUUAAACCGAUCACUGGGUCCUUCCAAUUCUUUCUCCUUUUUUUUCUUUUAAAUGUCUUCAUUUAAGGACUCUUCCUUCCUUUUUACAGUACUUUUUGCUCGCAAGGACAGAUUUUUACAUAUUUAUUUUUGAUAUUUUCUAGUUAAGGGUGACACUUAUCCAAAAUGGCUGGCCAUUUGAGGAGUUGAUCGACUUCAUUGCGGUGCGGCUAGCUUCCCUUCACACAGUUGUCAACCCUUGGCUUUAUCCAUUGACUAGGAGGAAAUAUCGCGAUGCAUUCUGGUACUUACUGACGUUGUUUGUGUACUAUGCCACCUGUACACUACUGGUAACCAGGCCUGGUACCACCUUGGGUAAGUAAGGGGAGAGGGGAAGGGGGACAUAACACCACAACACGUAACACAGCACUUCUUCCUGGCGCCAACGGAAGAAUGAUGUGGCAGUGUCACACCAAUUGGACAUGACAGAGGGUUUACGUUUCAGAGUUACAGUUUCGUAAGGAAAUGUGUAGUUUUUUUAUAAAUUACGUUGAUAAAAAAGCAAUUUUUCCUAGAGAGUCCUUGUUUUGAAACAGUGGUGCCCAUUAUACAGUGGAGAUAGCGUAGGUGUAAGCUUAAAUGAAAGGGAAAUAUUUCUUUAAAAAAAAUACAUUACUGGGACAAAGUAAAAAAAAAAAAAGAAGUACACAUAUCUACAUGCAGAGAAUCAGCUGAAGAGUAAUCGUUUCAGUCUUGAUUCAAAAUUAUAACUUUGAUUCCGUUUUUAGGUGUGUCCUUCUACCUUUUACACCCGAACAUGAGUAUGCAAGUUCUCCAUACAGUGCUCUUUGCAUUUCCUAUUUUACUUACAAGGAGAAUUUGUCUAACAAUCGAGAGUUUCUCCAUCGAGUUUGCGAUCAUUUCCUUCAUUGUCAUGACCUUAAUGCAUGUUUCAGGGGUGAUACUUUAAGGAGAUAUUAAUUCAAUACUAGCUACUCUUAGAGGUCCAAGGGGAUAAGACAUCAAGAUUUGGCGCCUCCUCGUCUCCGGUUUCCUGCAAUACUGAUAAUUUUUCCCUCGCGCUAAUUUUUUGGUCGUUGUUCAUUCGACGUACUUAGCUGAAUAACAGGGACUUCUUUCAACAUAAAAAACAAUUUGUAAUAAAGUUUUCUUUUUACAGAUGAAAUAGUUGGUAUUCAGUCUGAAGCAAGUCAGGUCCGUGAACUCUACCGAGAGGAGCGACGACGAUCAAGUGCCCAGCGGCUUGUCAAAUAA